GGGCUGAAAACAAUGGCUUUUGAGGUGGGAAAGUAGGGGGUGUAUAAAUACAAGGAGUUUUGGUGGUACUUUGUUGAUGAAUUGGUUCUAAUGGGUUAAAGAAUAUGACUGUUGAUUACGCUGCUCCUCAAAAGACUUACUCAAACGGUAAGAUCUCACUCGAUAAAGUCGAGCUACCAGAUGCUCAUAUUAUCCAUGGUAGAGAAUUCCCUGUUGCUUAUUCCUUGAAUCUUCAUGGGUUAGAUUAUGAUACUGAUGAAGUUGAAUCAUUUUUAGCUAAACUUGCUAAAGAUGGUGUAUUCACUCAAUUGAUUGAAAAUAAUGGUACUUUUGUCUUGAGAGAUUCGAUUCCAAAUUCUGAUGAUUCUAAAUCUCAACAGGUUGCAUCAAUAAUUAAAACGAUUGAAUCAAAUAGAGGACAGGUCCCAUUUGAACAAAAUGGUACAUUAACUUUAAGAGAUAAAAAAGGGUUCAAUUUAUAUACGGCAAAUAAAUCUCCACCAGAGUUUAGAUUGCAUCAACAUAAUGAAUAUUCAAGAUUUAAAAAAUUUCCAAAUUCUUUGAUUUUCACAAUUUUAGAGUAUACUGCCACAGGUGGUGAAACUCCAUUAGUUCAUGGUGGUGAAUUAUAUCAGAAAAUUUUAAAAGAAUUACCUGUUUUUUUGACAAAACUUUCAAAAGUUGGUUUAAAAUUUGAGGAUGAAGUUUGGUAUAAAGAAGCUGGUGAAGAUAAAAAAGUUGUUUGGAAUCAUGAAGUUACAUUUGGUAGAUAUAUCAAACCUGAUGAUGAUUAUGAAACUCAAAAGAGGAAAGCUUUGAAACUUGCUAAAGAGUAUGUUUCUGAAGACUCUAAGUUUGUUGGUGAUCAGGAUGAUUUAAUCAUUUCUUCAACUACUUAUCCAGUAAAGAAAUUCAAAAGUGAACCAGUUUUGUUUAGUUCAAUUCCUGCAUUUGCGGAUAAAUAUACCAUUGAUGAACCAAAGAUUAAAUUUGGUGAUGGUUCAUUGUUUGAUAAGGAUGAACUUAACAAGUUUAAAUCACUCACAGUUGAAUCAGAAUAUAAACAUAAUUGGAAAAGUGGUGAUAUUGUCUUUGUUCAUAAUUAUCAGGUAUCCCAUGGGAAAUUACCAUACAAGGAUGGAAAAAGAUCAACACUUGUUGCGAUGUGGGACGCAAAAGACGAAGAGAGAAAGAAACAGUUUGCAACUUUCGAGUUGAGCUCAGUUGAUGCUGAAUUGGAAAAGCUUUCGUUAGCUUAGAGUAAUGCGUAUACACAUUUAUAAUUGAAAUCAAAGGUCUAGUCCCUCAUGUUCUUUCGCGAUUCCAAGAUGUACUUCUCUCUAAUCAAGCUACCUGGAUGCGCAACCGUGUUUGAUUCCAAGUUGUGUUCAAUCUUAC